AUGGGUAGCCUAGGCGAGACGGUCCCUAGGCCUAAGAAGUUCAACACCGAACUCACCGACUACUCGGUAGUACAUGGCGAUAAGUCUGGGCCAUAUGCCGAAAACCUCGAGGUUGAUGCUUUAAUUGUUGGUGCCGGGUUUGCUGGUAUCUUCAUGCUCAAGACCCUCCGCGACCGUGGCCUGAAGACAGUCAUUUUCGAGGCCGGAAACGAUACGGGAGGUACCUGGAGAUGGAAUUGCUAUCCAGGGGCUGGUGUGGACUCCGAAGUCCCAGAGUAUGAGUUCUCUUGGCCCGAGGUAUACAGCACAUGGAACUGGCCCAGCAACUACCCCGACUAUAAAGAUCUGCGUAAUUACUUUGAUCAUGUCGACAAGGUAAUUGGUGUCAAGAAAGACUGCGCUUUCAACACCGUUGUAAUAGAAGCACAGUUUGAGACAAACGAGGGAAAAUGGAGUAUCAAGACUGCAGAUGGUCGUACAACCAAGGCCAAGUAUCUUGUUCUUGGAACCGGCUUUGCCGCCAAGCGAUAUAUUCCCCCAUGGCCCGGUAUGGACAAGUUCAAGGGCAUUGUGCACCAUUCCUCUUUCUGGCCUGAGGAAGAAAUCACUGUGAAAAACAAGCGCUGUGCCAUCAUUGGCACAGGUGCUUCUGGUGUGCAAAUCACGCAAGCCUGGGGUCCCGAGGCCAGUGAGCUUAAGGUCUUCCAGCGAACUCCCAACCUCGCUGUGCCUAUGCGCAAACGCAACCUCACUGUCGAGGAGCAGGAGCGUACUAAGCCCUACUACCCGGAGCUGUUCCGGUACCGAGAAGCCAAUUUUGCCGGCUUCAUGUACGACUGGUACGAACGCAACACUUUUGAUGACACUGCACAGGAGCGCGAGGCCUUCUACGAAAAGGUCUGGAAAGAGGGCGGCUUCCGCUAUUGGGUUGCCUUGUACAAGGAUAACUUAUUUAAUCCCGAGGCCAACAAAGAGUCGUACAAAUUCUGGGCCAAGAAGACCCGUUCUCGUAUUGGCGAUCCCAAGCUUAGGGAGCUGCUUGCACCGUGGGAAAUGCCGCACUACUUUGGUAUCAAGCGACCGUGUCUGGAGAGAAACUACUACGAGCAAUUUAAUCGUGAAUCAGUGCAUCUGGUUGACAUCAAAAAUAACACGAUUAAGGAGUUUACCGAGACGGGUAUCACUCUCGAGGAUGGUACUCAUCACGAGCUUGAUAUUGUUGCUGUUGCAACAGGAUUUGAUGUUGUCACCGGGGUCAUGACCCAGCUGGGCCUGAAGAGCAUCGACGGAGCCGAGCUCGAGAAGGAAUGGACCCCAGGUGCAAAGACCUACCUUGGCACAACCGUCAGUGGCUAUCCAAACAUGUUCCACAUCUAUGGCCCGCACGGCCCGACGCUCCUGAGCAACGGGCCUACCUCAGUCGCUGUCCAGGGGCGCUGGAUCGCGGAUACUAUUGGCAAGAUUGAGGCCAAUGGCGUCAAGUACGUCAAUCCUAAGAUUGAGGCCGCUGACAAGUGGAAAAAGCAUAUUCUCGAGCUCAACGAUAGAACUCUUUUCCCGACGACGAGGUCGACAUACAUGGGUGGUAGCAUUCCAGGAAAGGUUUAUGAACCGGUGUGCUACAGUGGUGGUAUCCCGGCUUAUGCUCGCGAGAUUCGGAAGGCAUUGGAUAACUGGGAGGAGGGGUUUGACAUUAUCAAGGCUUGA